AUGGGACGACUUGGAUUUAUUAGCCGGGUGCUAAGAAGACAACGCAAUGGACACGACAACGACAACGAAAAGUCAAGAGUUUUAAAACCAUCAAGAGAGGAGGGGCUCCGGAAAAGCUCGAACGAAGACGACGGCGAGGAGCCGCGCCAGCUGCAGGGAAUAGAAGCUGCCGACGCUUUACGGGGAAGCGGCAAAGUUUACCACAAAGAGAGAAAAGCAGCACUAUUUGCUAAAGAUGCAAGGAUGAGAAAGGAUAUUCACGUCUGUCGGAGUACAUCCAAUCGCAAUAAGGAAGGAAAAGGCCCCGUAUUUUAUUCAGAGCUCUUCGACAGACUAUCCAGUUGCAUACUCAUAAUCUAA